GAAGCUGAUGGUAAAAAUGUUACCAGACAUAUCCAUAAACGCGAGGGUACACCAACAAAUGCUCCAAACGUGAUGGCAUUAAGAAUAAUACUGCUGAUUAUUACAUCUGGAUCUGUAUUGAAAGAAAUUGUCCAGGUAAUAGACUCGUUCAACUCAGGGGCGGCGGAACAGGGGGAUCCUCUCUAGUAGGAAUCAAUUACACCAUGUUAAUUAUACCAUUAUUGAUACUAACAACAAGAUAUUGAUUUUUUUCAUGCACGUACCUUGAUUUAUGCACAUAAUUUGAUUGAAACAUAGUAUUAAAUUAGCCUUUCUCAUUCCGCGAGAUUGCGAGAUAAGUCCACAUAACAGCGACUUUUUAUAAUUUUUUUGACGAAUGAUGGUAAAUUUGCUUUGUAAAUGGUUAGUUUAUUUUGAAAAAUUGCUUUUGACAUUGUUUUAAUUGUCUGCAUUGUCUGCAUUGGUUAACGAGAAUUAUAGAUGCCACCCAAAAAUGGCGGAUAUUUGUCAUCGUGAGAAAGGCUAAUUGAACACAGUGUAACACAUUACUACAUUAUUACUCUGUUGUAUGCUAAGUACAAUACAUUAUUCUACCAACAGAGUGAUCAUGAAUUUUAGUUUAUGAUAUCGAUUGAGACGGUUUUCGUCGAUUUUCUCUGAUGUACCGCUAUCUCAGGGAAAAUAAUUAUUUUUAAUAAUUACCGAUUUCUGCUUGGCUAACUCAUAUCAACUGAAUGGCUAACCAAAUAUGUUGUUGUAACAUCAUUUCAUAACUUCAGAAUGUACCUUCAAAAAUUCGUCGUAUUUAUUGGUUUUGAUAGCUGAAUAUUGUUUCAUUUAAUGGUCGUAAGAAGCGGGGAUUUCCAUGGCCAUUGUCUAGGGUCAUUGGUGUGUAAAAUGCUUUGUCUGUCGCAAAAGAAUACAAUAGAUCGCUGAUGCAUUACGACCAGUGUGAACCAGGCUUAAGCAAGCAACGUUUUUGUCAACACGGACGUCACCAGAAAAUUGAUGAAAACGAAAUUAAAAUCAAAACAGCCACGAAAGACCCUGAAAUAUUUUUUGACAAAUAUAUAUAUUAAGUCCCACAAGCGUAGCGACUUUUUCCAUGAACUAAGACGUUUAGUUAGCUGAACAUCAACAAGACGAUAACUAGGUUAUGUUUUAUUUCAGAUCAAAAUAGAAGGUAUAAAGUGCUUCUUCACCAACGAUUCUCAUUACUAUGAAAUGGCAAUGCGUAUCUUUGUUUACCUCUUUCUUCUCCCUGUGGAGGAAGAAUUAUCUACGGCUCAUAUUGCUUCUGGCUCCAUUGCGGUUCUGUAUUCGUGGAUUACACUCAUUCAGUAUCUCAAAGUUGUACCAGUCAUGGGGAUUUAUAUCAUAGUAGUUCAAAAGAUUUUCUACACUCUUAUGAAGGUGUGUGACGUUAUGCCGACCGCAAAAAAUGUGUUAGUAGUAUUCAUAAGACACAUUUUAACCUGACAUACAUAAUGACCUGAUA